AGAGCUCCCUGCCUCAGUUUCGUGAGGAAGUGCAAACUCACUGCCUUGGAGCCUGGGCUGAUGAUGAAACCCAGUGGCUCCUCCUCUUGGCCUUAUUAGCAUGGGGAAAUCACCAGUAUAAAAUCCUGUCCAUGUCCCGCAGUGGCAACACGGACCUCGGGAAUCCUGGCAGUGCCUUCCUCAGCCCGGUGCUCUUUGCAUCCUCAUCCUCCCCUCCAGCUGUACCCAUGUCAGGCAUCAUGGAGCCACCAGCCAUGCUGGAGGGUGGGAAUGCUCCAGAGAAGAGGAGAUCCACAUGUCUGCGGGUGGCUUUUCAUGCUCUCAUUUUUGUGUUGAUUAUUAUCUCAGCCCUGGUUCCCAUCGCCUUCUGUUUGCUCUAUCAUCAGCAGGCACCAGGGUCAUGCUGGGCACAUGGAUCUUUAAAGGAGGACUCUUCAGAAGAACCAGGAGUUUUGAUCUGGAACUGGAAAUUAGAGCACUGCAAUGGGAUUGUGCAGGACCAAGAGCAGUACCUCAUCAUCCAGCAGAGUGGCAAAUACUUCAUCUAUGCUCAGCUCUACCGCAAGGAGACACCCAAAGAGUCUUUGACAAUGACGCUUUUCCAAAACCAAGGAAUUCUCAACAUGGCUGUGGGACCUGUGAAUGGCACAGUAAACUUUGCAAGACCCUUUUUCCUGCAUAAGGGAGAUAAGCUGCACUGUAUGAAAAAUGACAAGAACAAAUACAGCCUGCUAGAGAAUCUGACUUACUUGGGCCUGUUUAAAAUGUAGCAGGACUGCUCUGAGUCAGCUCCUCCCUUAUUUCCUCCAGGAAACCUUAGGUCGUGGAUGAGGAAUCUGGGACGUUUCUUUGGGUGAAAUUCAGCUUGCUGGAGUAAGCUCGUGUCCUGCAGUGACAGUGAACAGCAAACUCUGGUAAUGAUGGAUGGCUGCUGAUGGACACAAAGCAUGAGCAAAAGAUGGAGGGAAAAAACCCUCAAUGCGCUGUGGGGCUGACUCUGAGAUCCUGGAAAAACAAGUCCCUAUAUUCAACCUGUUCUGAGCUGGGGAGGAGCUCUACUCUGCAGCUGGCUGCUUUUCAGAGCUGGGUACCUUGGUCAGUCCCCUGGGUCCCUUCUAACAAGAGGUGCUACAUAAAGACAAGAUAUUUUAUAUCCUUCCCGCACAACCUGCCAGUGAAGAACCGUGUCCACAGCAGAGGGACAAAAUGGUUCAGAAACAGCACAAGAAAAGCUUCUCAGCCCCCUCCACAGCCUUGGCACUAGCAAGGAAAACACGGCAGGGAAGCUCCAUC